ACUCCCCCUUCCCGCCAUUUCGUUCUUCAGCAGUGACCGGGUCCACCUUGCCGCGUUCGGCUUCGCAAGUUCUGAGGAGAAAUUUUUGUUUGUUGUUAAAACAAACAUUAAAUACAAAAUUUCGUCGUUAAUUGUUGUUUAAUUAACAAACACCUCAACAAUGCUGCGUCUCACCCGCUCCGCACUGGCGAUCUCAGGCCGCGCGUCUGCCACGCUGCACGUGGCACGCCAGUGCCACCAAGGCACCGGCGUGCAGGGCGCCAACUUCCACAAGAAGUACGGCUUCCUGCUGCUGGGCAGCGGCGCUGCCUUCUGCUCCGCCGUCUGGUUUUACGCCUGCACUCAGACCGGAAUCUCGUGGAACCUGUCCCCCAUCGGCAAGGUCACGCCCAAGGAGUGGAGGCAGUGAAAAAGGGGGGGAGGGAGGUUUGAAGGGGUGGGUGUUGUUGUUGUUGUGGGUGGGUGGGUGGGAGGUCCAAUGGACUCUCCCAACUCGGCUCUUGACCAAUCACCCUCCUUCCCGUUCAAUCCUCCAUACCCCCCCUCCUCGCCCGCCACCGCCACUCAAAUGGUUUCUUCCACACAGAGACCCCAGUGGAGUCUCCCAAAUCGGCUGUUAACCAAUCACCCUCCUUCCCGUUCAACCCCGCCACCGCCACUCAAAUGGUUUCUUCCACACAGAGACCCCAGUGGAGUCUCCCAACUCGGCUCUUAACCAAUCACCCUCCUUCCCGUUCAAUCCUCCAUACCCCCCCCGCCACCGCUACUCAAAUGGUUUCUUCCACACAGAGACCCCAGUGGAGUCUCCCAAAUCGGCUGUUAACCAAUCACCCUCCUUCCCGUUCAACCCUGCCACCGCCACUCAAAUGGUUUCUUCCACACAGAGACACCAGUGGAGUCUCCCAAAUCGGCUCUUGACCAAUCACCCUCCUUCCCACUCAAUCCCCCACCACCACCACUACUCAAAUGGUUUCUUCCACACAGAGACCCCAGUGGAGUCUCCCAACUCGGCUCUUAACCAAUCACCCUCCUUCCCACUCAAUCCCCCCCCGCCACCGCUACUCAAAUGGUUUCUUCCACACAGAGACCCCAGUGGACUCUCCCAACUUGGCUCUUAACCAAUCACUCUCCUUCCCGUUCAAUCCUCCAUACCCCCAGCCACCACCACUCAAAUGGUUUCUUCCACACAGAGACCCCAGUGGACUCUCCCAACUCGGCUCUUGACCAAUCACCCUCCUUCCCACUCAAUCCCCCCCCACCACCGCCACUCAAAUGGUUUCUUCCACACAGAUUCCCUCCCCCCCGCCAUGUGGACGAUGAUGUGAAUGGUUUGCCCCACCGUACCCCCCCACCGUAGCCCUGUGGCUAACUUGGUUCGGUCCGAGCCCCGACCCUUAAACUGUGUGUGUGCACGUGACCCGCUCACGUGACGUCCAAUUUAAAUAAAAGGUGUAUACAUAAUUACAUAA